AUCCGAAAGCUUUGCGAAAUGAUCUGAUCCACCCCUCCAGCAACGCUACGAGAAUGAAGCGCGGCGAGAAAACCACUUGCACUAAUUGGAGGGACGCCGGCGGAGGAGGAGCUCAGCGUAGGACUACCUCUCAGAGUCGCGAAUUCGGCUUGGCGGCGGCGGGAUUCUUAGUGAGGUUGCCAUGGCGACAGGACGCGGCUGGAUUUUGAGGCAGCACAGCAUAGGAAUAGGAUACCUUCGCCCGGCGGAGCCUGCCUCCUCCAGCGUGGGCCAGGCGCCCUCCCCUCCAGAGCCACCACAGGCUAAUCCCCGCUCAGUCCUCGUCGGCGCCCCCGCUUGGGAUAGUGCGAAGUUGAAAUGCUCACCUAUUACAGGUAUGCAGCUCUCUAAAAUAAAAGAGAUGCAUAUUUGCAUGCGACACCGAAAGUCUUCUAUGAAAUCAAAUUCUACCAUAGGAAUAGACAGCAUGCCAUCAGAGAUACUGUUGAAGAUAUUCUCCUACUUAGAUGCUCUGUCCUUGCUGUGUUCUGGCUGUGUGAAUAAACAAUUUUAUCAGCUGUCCAAUGACAAUUCGAUCUGGUUCAAAAUAUAUUCCAAAUGUUUCCCCCCUAAAAGAAAGCUAUGGAAGAUUGAAUCAGUCCAGAAGCCAGCGGUCCCAUUGAGCCUUCUUGAGUUAGGAUUUUGGAAGAAAGAGUACAUUGUGAAAAAAAUAGCUGCUGGCAAAGAUGAUAUAAUUCAGCUAUUGAAGCCCAUAAAUACUUAUACUGGCCUUCCGGUUAAAACUAAAGAAGCCAUAAAGAUAUCUGGUUUGAAAUGGGUGAUCAUACUGAAGGACAAAAAUGGAAAGGAACAUGUAAUGCGUCAUAGAGACAUCUUUUUUAAUGAGACGUCUGUUACUGUAUUCUGGUAUAGUAUACAGUGGCCUUCUUUAGCUUCCUUGUCAAGUUUACAGUUAUGUGGAGUGACACCAGUACUUCUAGGUGAGGAUGACGCUUGCUUCAAGAAUGGUCCUAGGCGCCGUUCCUUAAUUUCUGAAUAUGAGAUGGCUAAUCUGACUAAAAAUUGGUUGAUUGGUCAUGACGCUCUUGUUGAACUUUACCGUGUUGACCAUGAACUCUUGGUGGGACUUUGGAAGAAAAGUGAAAUUGCUUUUGUUAUGGCAAGUCUUCAUUACCAUCAGCUCAUUGAGAGAAGCACCCUUGGCUCGGCUACAACGAGGUAUACUGCAGCCCCACAUAAGGUUAUCUUGGAUGAUAGUGACCCAGAGUAUGGCAUGCACAGCUAUCAGCUGCACAUCGACAUGCACAGUAGAGGAAAUACUUACAUGUGUAGCACAUUCCGUAGUUUGUUUUGUAGAAAAGAUUACAUUAGAAAUGGAUACUUGAGGCUUAAAGUGAUAAGUCUCAAAAAUAAUUCACAACAUCUACCUCUUGUUGAAAUGGCUGGUUUCUCAUGGAAAACAGAUGCACUUGGUGGCAGUGUUCAGAAUUGUUUCAUUAUGGAUGUGACUGUUUUGGAUGAUUCACAAAAGCCGUUUUGGUGUUUUAGUGCCCCAGUCAAUAUGGAACUCUCUUCAAAACGAUCAACCCUCUAUGAGUAUUUGGGACCCAGCUAUUUUCUGAAGCAUACUGAUUCAACUGGAGAAGUAUAUGUGGAGCUGGUGUGGAUGGAAGAAACAAAAGAAUACUAUAUAGUCAAUCUGGUCCUCUAUUUGAGCACCCAAAAAGUGAAUAGCUGGUUUGGCACAGAUUAUUGACUUGUGUUUGUUGAAGAAUAGUGAUUUUUUUUUAUGACUGUUCUUUUGGAUUUUUAUUUGUCAAUUAAAAAAAGCCCCAUAAGUUAUAUUUGUAAAAAUGCUCAUAUUGGUAAUCUAUGAGCUAAACAAAAUGCUUAUUUUAAGGGGCAGCUUUUUAUUUUGGUACUGGAUAUAAAGUUACUUUUAGGAAGGAAUGUGUUAGAGAUAUUCAGAGUUCAGAUAUUCAUCUCAUUGUAUCCUACAAUAAACAUUUAUUUGUAUCA